AUGGCUCAGAUGGAAUGAUUCCAAUGAAAUGAAGAUCAGAUUUUCCACCUUGAAAAAUUAAAAUGAAUGGAUCAUUGAGACUCUGGAACUAUACAAAUUGAGUCUUCCCAACAUACAUUAAGUUCUUUCUGAAGAACUCUGGAGUAUUAUAUCGACCCUGAUAGCGAAGAACCAAUAGAACUUGGGACCAGAAGAUACCCGUAUCGCUCGAUGUCUGUUGUCAACUCAGAAAUUAUAAAUAACUUCAGCCACAAGAGUUACGAUGUCACAAUAUAUACAAAAAGCAUCAACAUCGAGUUAGAAGGGCAGAGAUAUUUUAAUAUGUCAUCUGUCACUAUUAAAAAUCAUCCUGAUUUGGCUGAACGAAUGAAGAAGGCUGUUUUGACACCUUCUCCAUAUGGACACUAUGAAAAAUCACCCAAAGCAGUGUUUCAUAUUUUAUCUCACUCAACUAGCGAUAUCCUUACUGCAAUGUUUGGAGGAAGUUUCACUAUGAUAGAGCUUGGAAUCAUGCAGACCCCUAAUGUUGCCAUGAUGCCUCUACGUACAACUCUGAGGCUUGACAGCAUUGAUCUCUAUAGUGAGGAUGAUGACCCAGAUGGAUCAAAGAUUUUCAUAAUUCCCAUAUUUUUACAGCAAAAAGUUUUAGAAAUUACAAAUGUGGGUAUGAACAUAACUGGUAAUUUUAUAUACACACUCCAUCCUUCAGAACUGAGAUUAGAGAACAUCACAGUUGAUUUUGGCAAAUUUGGAUUCUUUUAUGUCAGUCAGGAUAUAUACUGAAAUUACCCGGAGGCUCAUCUAACACCUACUAUGGUUUUUAAGAAUAUUACGACUAUAAAUUUUAAUCCUGACUCAUCGAGGAACAUUCAGCCUGUAUUUAGGAUCUCUGAUAUCGGAAAUAUCACUGGAUCCUAUAUUGAUUGCAGAGGGUGGUAUACUCAGCUAUUAGAUCCAACACCUUGAUUAUCAUACGUAAUUUCUACAACAUGACUCCCUGACGAUGGUCAAGUUCAAAUAAUAUCUUUUGACAACAUCCAGGUAGGACUGACAGAGAAAGAAGGAACUGAUAGAAUGGUUUUAAAUGCAUUCUUGACAGUUGAUCAACAUUAUAGAACUAUUGACAUGAGAGUUGAAAAAUUUCAUGCCGAAGGAGUACAUAUAAGUAGUGAUUUUGGAGUUUUUGGAGCGAUUGGAAAUUUUAUGGAUGUCAUUACCUAUACUGAUAUUAGCAUCGAUAACUGAACUAACAACCUCCUUUAUCUUCUCAGUGCAUCUUACUAUCAAAAUGUUACCGUGAACAAUUUAUUAUGGGAAAACAUUCCUAAUACUGGAGAGACUCCUUUCGGUCUUAAUAAUAAUGGAAAUAUCGUAAUCAAAAAUUUUAAAAUGAUUAAUUCUGAGACAACUGCUUAUCUCAGUACUGGAGCUAUUCUCUUUUUCGCUUCCCUUGGAGAUCUCCUUGGCCCUACAUUCAUAAGUUUUGAUGGUAUUCAUUUAGAAAAUUGAGUGUUUCACAAAGACUCUCUAUUUUACAAUAUUGGCACUCAAAGCAUGCUGACAAUCAAAAAUGGAUACUACAAGAAUGUCACUGUAGGGGUUAGAUCUCAUUUUAAUGAAUACUUCAAUAUAAAAUCUACCGAAAUCAGCAAUCACACCAUUGAAGAUGUAUUCUCUGUAGAUACAAGUGGUUCAUCUUCUAAUUUCUUAAAAAAUCAUGCCUUUGACAUUCAAAAUCCAAACCAGGCAGAAAUAAAUCAAGUUUUGUUGAAGAAUUCAACUAUCUCUCUACUAAGUAUUUCUGAUGUUAUUGGAACUCCUACUGAUCAAAGAUCAUUAAUCAUUUCUAACAUAGUUAUUACAAACGGUAACUUUGAAAGAGAUGCCUCUCUGUUCUCUCUUGAGGGAUUCAGUUCAUUAGCCAAUCUAACCAUUCAGAUUAAAGACUCAAUCUUUAGUGAGCUUGAGUUUAAUUCCAGAGGAUCUAUUCUAAGUCUCCAACAACAGUUGGUAAAUAGUGUUGAAAUCAAGAACACUACUUUUGAUAGGAUUACUAAUGGCAAUAUCAACGUAAGAACAUUUAAUCUCGAAAUGGAAUCAUUAAAAACAAUGGUUUCAAUGUCUGAUUGAGCAUUUUCUAAUAUCAUCUCUCUAUCUCAACCAUUUAUAAGUGUUUCAAGAAAGGCUGAAUUAACUAUUGCUGGUAGCACAUUUACUUCCUUAGCAAGUCUCAGUGAGACAGCAGGGGUGAUACAAUCUAGCACUAGCUCUAUUGUAUCUAUCAGCGACUCUGUAUUUUACAAUAAUUCUGCCAAAAUAGCAUCGGUGUUCAAAAUAGAACUAGAUUCCAAAAUAAGAUGAACAAACUGAACAAUUCAGAGCAACUUUGCAAUCACAUAUGGAGUUGUUGAAGCAACUAAUAAUGGAGUCUUUGAGUUCUUUCAAAGUGUGAUUUCAGACAAUUAUGCAAUGAAGCAUCCUAUUGGACAAGUUCUCUCAGCAAGUGCCUCCUCAAUCAUUGACAGUACCAAAAUUAGUAACAACUUAAUGCUGGAUAAUCAGCAAAUGGUUCAAGAAACAACAGCUUGAGAUAAAUUAUGCUUUGUUCAUAGCAAAUUAGUGGAGAAUUUACAAGCAAUCAACUUUGAUCAGUUUGAAUACUCAAAAUCAUCCUUGCUGUUGCUCUUUGGAGGGUUGGAAAUUCGAAAUAACACUAGAAUACAGAGCCAGCCAUUAUUGAUCGAUUCAUACUCAUCAGAUUUGAAGUUCUCUGAUUCAUCUAUCUCCUCAAUUGUACUGGCUGAAUCAAUCAUCAUAUCUGUUUCAACUACUCUCAAUUUCGCAAACAUGACAAUAUCGGAGAUCUCAAAUCCUUCAAACAUUGAUAUGAUUUUCAUUGAUUUUGAAAGCUCAUUUUCAGCAUCAGACAUCACGCUGGCAAACUCAGACUCAUCUUUGUUCACAGUGUUCUCUUCUAGCGUCUCUUUGCAAGACCUAAAUUUCAUAAAUGUAACUGAUUCCAACGAGUUUGUCAAACUUAAGCAGUGAACUAGUAUUGCGAUCAGUAAUAUCAGCCUGACGAACUCAACACCAGCUGUUGAUAGUUACGUGAGUAUUGACAAUUCUAAUGACAUUACACUUCGGAACUUUGCCUUAAAUAAUAUUGAGAAAGUGAUCCUGAGAAUCAGGAACUCAAAUGUAAUCACAAUUGAAGACAUAAGUGUGUCAAAUUCACUACACCCACUUGAGAUCUUAUAUUCUAGAGUGGAUAUCAUAAGAAACUCCAAAUUUACCCAGAAUGGAAAUCAAAUGAAAACCAAAGGAGGAGUCUUGUACUUACUAGACACACAGUUAAGCAUUGAGAGCUGUAUUUUUGAGUCCAACACUGCUCUAAAAGGAGGAGCCAUAGCUUUUGAAUGAACUUCAAGUCACAAUUGUAAACUUGGAAUGGCAAAUAGCAUUUUUAUUAAUAACACUGGAGUGGCUGAAGGAGGAGCUAUAUCCUAUAACUACAGUCCUCCAAGUCAGACAAAUGUAACUUUUGAAGGAAACCAAGCUCCAUAUGGGCCUGAUUAUGCUAGCUACCCAGUCAGAAUCGGAGUUAUCAACGGAGCAGCCACUGAUGAGAUCAUUAUUGAUGAUGUUGGGCCAGGAAUUGUGCUGGAAGAGCCAAUACAGCUUGGGCUAUUUGACUACAAUGGGCAGAUCAUGAUUCUUGAUAGUUCUAGCCAACUCACAAUUGAUUUCGUUAAUAAUUCGGUUGGAAGCAUUUCAGGGAUCAACCAUGCAAUUAUCCAGAAGGGACUAGCAACAUUUGAAGACUUUUCUUCAGAUGUAGAGCCAGGAGCAAAGGCGGUUUUAUUCAAAGUGUCGUCAAAUGUUCUGAAUGCCAAUAAGAUCAGAGAUGUCUUAAAUAAGACUGAUAUAGCACAAAGGAUUGUCAUGAACUUCAGAUUUUGAAAGCCUGGUGAGCAAAUAUUAAACCAUAAAUGCGUUAGAUGUGAUGCUAAUACUUAUUCUCUCGAUUGGAGCUCAACCAAGUGAGAACAAUGAAUGGACAGAGCGACUUGACUUGGAGGAGAACAGGUUUCAGUUGAUUCUGGAUAUUGGAGAAGAUUCAAAAACUCAACUUCUAUACAAUACUGUCCAUUUAAAUCUGCUUGAAUGGGAAGCUUUUCAGAUAAAGAUGUGUCUCCAACAUUUUGUAAAGAAGGAUAUCAAGGCAAUCUUUGAACUGAAUGAGCUAUUAAUAAAGAAGAGAAAUAUGAAAGACACAAUGAAUUCGAAUGAAGGAAGUGUCCGAAUCCUAUUAUGAAUGCUAUUCGUGUGGCUGGCCUCUCUCUUUUGGUAUUCACAUUUUUCAUGGUUUUAAUCGUUGUUAAUGUUCGGAAGACUGAAGAAAGUGAAUUAUCUGUGCUUCUCAGGAUCUUAGCCAAUUAUCUACAACUCAUUACAACAUCCAUGUCUAUGAGCAUAACUUAUCCUGAUUCUCUAAUAUCAUUUACAGUUCCAAUUAGGGUAUUCGGAGGGUCUUCAGAGGCCUUUCUGUCUUUCGAUUGAUUUGCAACUGACUAUGAAAUCAAAGGACCUUUCGAGUCAAAUGCAGUACUGAAGCUAUUUUUGCUCUUCCUCUUACCGAUAGCUCUUUUUUGAAUUGUUGCAUUGAUCUGGAUAUGCUUAUAUUACAUCAGAAAACGGCUUGUUCCAAACCUGACGAGAAACUUAAUAAUAUCUUUCAUAAGCAUUGUCUUUUUGCUUCACCCUCGUUUGACUCAACAAAGCAUAAACAUAUUUAGAUGCCUUAAAACAGACUCUGACAAGUACAUGUCUAGGUUUGAUCCAAACAUUGAAUGCUAUUCAUCAAAGCAUCUGAAGUACUGAUUUUUUCUUGCCUUACCAAUUCUAAUAGUUUGGGUGGUAGGGAUGCCACUUGCAGCUUUAGUUCUACUGAUUAAAUCAAGGAGCAAGUCUAAAGACAAUAAAGUAAAACAAUAUUUCAUCAUAAUCUAUCAAGGUUUGAAGCCUGAGUGAUUUUAUUGGGAGUUUAUUAACACCCUAAGGAAGAUUCUAGUUCUGUGCUGACUGUUGAUGCCUCAUAAAUUUAAGAUUCUACUCGCUGUAUUUAUUCUUGUCGCUACUGGAAGACUUCAGCAGUCAUUAAAGCCAUACAAAAAUACACAGAAUAACAAUCUGGAAUAUAUGGCAAUUAUUGCAGGAGUGUUCACAAUCUUGUCAAGUUUCGUAUUUUUAGAAAGUGAUAGUAUACAAUUUCUGAACUUUUUAGUAAUAAUCACUCUAUUUCUUCUCAAUGCUUUAUUCUUGAGCAACUACUUGUUCUUGUUAUGUCAGAUAUAUCAAGAUAAGUACCAAAUAGCUAGAUUUGUGACUAAAAUUAUUGAUCUACUAUACUGUAAGAGACUAAGCAAAGAUUCAGCUAGUAAAGAUUGAGGAAAGCUUUUAAAGAACAAUGACUCUCCAUCACGAAAAUCAGAACUCUCUGGAUAUAGGAUGCCACCAAAGAAGAUAAUAAAGCGUAGAAGACCAAAAAAGAAAUUCAAAAAGAUGAAAAACCGACCUAAGAAAUACACAAAGAACCCCACUUCUGUUCACAAAAACAGUACCUACAGACGUACAAGGAGGGACCUCUUAGCCAUGACUUCCACUCAACGUAAAGACCACGGAUCCUCGAUCUACAUUCCUCAAAGACCAAAAUCUCCUUCGCAGCCAGAUCAAUUUCAAAACUUUGUCAAAGUUAUCAGUCCCACUAAAGGCUUCUUAUAG